AUGUGUUGCUUGGUUAAACACUACUCGGGACGCCAUUGUUGGGAAAGGUCAGAAGGCUACGACCUUUUGGUCACGAAUCCACGCAAGUCUUACGGAACUCAUCGCUGCUAUUCAAACGCCAAACGUUGGUUGAAGAGCGGAAAGACCCGCAAUGAUAUUCUCACUGAGGCUAAAGCCCUCUAUAUUACCGCCUCUGGGUCUCCCUUCAACCUCGACCAUUGCUGGGGCAUCUUGAAAGACACCCCAAAGUGGCAGGCGACCCAGCGAGAGAACGAUGCUAGAGGCAAGAAGGCCCAGGUGGCUAGUACAACUUCACUUUCGACAGACUUGCCUAGCUCAUCGAUUCAAGUCUCAAGCCCCGCGGUUAUCGAUAUCGACUAG